GAACUGUACAGCAAGCACUAUAUGAACGGGUAGAACUCAGAAUGCUCAAACAGCACAUCGGCAGGCGCUGCGGCUAAGAACUACACUGGAUUGUUAUUGGUAUUUCCCUGCAAUUGCGUCACGACUCUCUUUUUUCUCGUUUUUUAAAACGCUUCCCAGCCAAUGAAGGGGAUUUGCUCUCAUCCCAGCUGAAGUGCAAGUUGGAGAGGUUCCAGAGGCUUGUCGGCUACUACCUAGGCUAGGGGGGCUGGCGGUAUUCACUUCAGUGCCGCUCUGCAGCCCUGUGGCGUGUUAUCUAUCUUGCUGCUUUAGUGCCGUCCGCUGUGGCUGCAGGUCCAGCACGGGAUUUCAGCACCGGAGCUGUCUAUUCCUAGCAGUAAACUGCAGGCUGGAGCACAAAUUACACCCUAUCAGUUUCACUACGACACGACUUGUCCUUGUUAGUGGAAGACUGGAUUCAAGAUUUAUGGGCUAUAUGUAUUCUGCAAAAAGACAAGCUGCGCAUUGAAAUACUUUUUGGACUUUUCUAAAUCCCAACGAGAGAAAUAGAAAAGGAAAUUGGCAAGGAAAAGCAACACUUCAAAAACAAAAAAGUGAGCCAUGGGGGUGCUGAUGUCUAAGAAGCAGAGUGUGGAGAAGGUUCAGAAGGUCAGUGUGGUGGUGUCUGCCUUCAAGGAAGGUCUGAAGGACAGGCCCCCACCAGCCCGCAGACCCGAGGCUGCACAGGCAGUUGAGGAGAAGCCCGUCGAGAGUGCAGCCGUGCAGGAGGAGGUGGAGGUGAAGCAGGGGCCCUCCACCACCCAGCCUCUUCCCAGGGUCGAGGGCAAAGACAAUGAGGCUGCCUGGUCCAGACUGCGGGACGGGCGGGGGGUGGAGCCAGAGGAGCUGGAAAGAGCCAAUCAGCUCACCCCUCCGGCCUUCGUCAGGCCAAAACGAGGCAUCAGUGACGAUAAUGCCAUAGACAUCAGCCUGGAACAGCGGGAGCAGCCUGUGAAUGAUGAGAUGUGUGAGAUUUGCGAGGUGUGGACCGCAGAGGACCUCUAUCCCUGUCGUGUCUGUACCCGGGUGUUCCACGACGGCUGCCUGCGGGAAAUGGGCUACCUGCGCAACGGCAGCGUGCAGGAGCUCACCGAGACAGCACACACAUCCAUGGGCUGGAGCUGCUACUACUGUGACAACAUCAACCUGCUGCUGACAGAAGAGGAGGUGUACAGCCUCAUGGAGACCUUCAAACAGUGCAAUAUAAUCCCAGAGUCCUGUCUGGGGACUGAUGACUUCCUCAGCUACAAGCAUUUUGUGUCAAGGCAACUGUCCAACGAGCAGAUGACUGAAGAGAUGGAGGAGCUGGAACUGGGGCAGUUCUCUGCCCUGGACCCUGAGAAGAGGGGGCAGAUCGAGUGGGCAGACUUCCUCUACCAUGAGUCCAUCAGGGUGGUGGAGAAGUUCCGCAGCAAGAACUCUCUGGUACGUUUGCUGACGGCGAAGGAGAGGGAGCGGGCGAGGGCAGCCUUCACUGCCCUCGACCAGGACAAGGAUGGCCUCAUCACAGGAGGCGAGUCAAAGAAAGCACAGCACACCUGGUUCCGCAAGCACACCAAGGAGUCCCAGUCCUGCAAUGUGAGCAUCAGCCAUGUGGGUCCAAUAUCUGAGAGCAGCCCGGCCAGCUCUGGCAGCGGCAAGAGCAGAGAUCAGGAUGACAACAGACAAGUGGACUGGCUGGAGUUCCUGAAGGAAAAUGCCAUCUACAUCCUGGCAGCUCGUCCGAACAGCGGGGCUGUGCACCUGCGGCCGCCACUAUAACCCAGAGGAGGCUGCUCAAGACCUGAGGAAGAGAUAACUCCACAUCUCCAGCACAGGGAAAUGCAAGGAACACAAACAAAUAAGCGAAGAACUUACACAGGCAUAUCUGUUCAAUGCAAGGAGGCUGCAAGCCACAUAUUAAUUUGAGAUUCAAAUUAAAGAUUGAUGGAUUGCUUUAAUGAAUGUGCCAGCUGGGGUCAGCACAGGUACAAAAGCUAACGGAAAUAUUACUGUAUGUAUCUUUUAUUUAUUUGUUCAUUUAUUUAUUUUGACAUGGGUUGAUUUGUCUGUGCCACCCAAGUCUAGCACAGUUGUAUCUCAUUAGCACAGAGGCUAAAUCCAAGAGAAACAGAACAUAUAUCAGAACCCCUUUUAUACAAACAACUGGUACAUUCUCAUGUAAAUGCCUGUUUGAUUUGAUACGGUUGAAGGCUGGGAGAAACCUUUUGCUGUAGUGAUUCAGAUAAAGGGGGUUUACUGUAGAUGUGAGUGAAGACACGUAUAAAAUAGCAUUAACCUUCACACUGCUUGUG